AUGGUGAAAACUAUUCGUGUUAGCAUUGGUAUUAUUGUACGAUACCGUAAAUAUGGAGAUGUUUUUCGUCCACAAAUAGGAUUGUCUGGUUUUAAUAUUGUCAUUAGUGUUUUUGGUUUACUGGCCGGUAUCUUUGGUAUAGUCGCAAUGACGAUGAGAUCUAGAGCAUUCGGUAUAAUUGCUGCUAUUAUGGCUGGUAUAACAGGUGUCUUUGCAAUUGCUUCAUUAGUGAGUGCACUUGUUAUAAAUGCAAAGUCAUUGAGUUAUGUAAGUUCACGUUUUGGUGACCAUAUGAUGAAUUAUAAGAAUAGUGAGAAUUCAAAAAAUAUAACUGAUCGUUUACAAUAUACCUAUACAUGCUGUGGUAUUAAUACGUGGCUUGAUUGGUCAUAUGUUGACCUAAAUUCAACAUCACCAAUGACAACCACAAUGGAGAUGACUACCACUGCUUCAAUAGUGACUAGUGCCGCUGAUGUUACUGAAUCAGUUGUUCCCGUAAUAAAAAAUGAGCCAAGUAAUGUAAGACGAAAACGUCAAGAAACAUCUCCUUAUGGUGGUAUUCCAGGUUUGCCAAUUACAUUCGGUGUUUUUUUACCUAAAUCUUGCUGUAGUAGUGACGCAUUUUUAACAAAUAGUACAUCAGAUACUUAUUGUGUAUCGAAUGCUAAUAAUGUUCCAAAUAAGUUUUAUCAAAUUGGAUGUGCAAAACAAAUUGAUGUCAUUGCUGGUAAUCAAGCAAUGGGCUUUGGUGUUAUUAAUUCUUUUAUGGUUGUUUUGGGAUUCGUCGCUAUGCCUUUAGUGAUGCAAGACUUAAAGGUUAUUCAAACAAAAUUAAAUGAUGAUCUCUUUUCAACAACACAAGAAACAUGUCUUGCUUUAUGUCGUGUACAAGACAUAACUAAAAAAUCAAAAGACAAAAUGUAUAUUUUAUGUGCUUGUAUUUAUCAAAAAGCAGAUCCACAACCAACAUUACAUAUAGUUCGAUUAGGUGAAAAAACAAAUGAAAUAGCUAAAAAGAAAAUUAAUAUAUUAUUAUCGGAUAUAAAAACAAUUGAUUAUGCUCCAGUAAUAAAUGAUAAACGUCAACAAUCAUCAUUAUGUAUUGAUAUAAUAACAACAGAUCGAGAAUUUUCAUUUCUUGCAUUAACGUCAGAAGAAAAAAAAGAAUUUUUUACUAAUUUAAGAAAAAUAACAGCUCAUUAUUUAAAACAUAGUCGAGAUAAACCUAAAUAUCUUAAUACUCCAAAUGAUGAUAAUGAUUUAAUAGGAAAUACAUCAAAUCUUGAAUCAUUAUCAAGUCGUCCAUCAUUACCUGAAACAUGGGAUGCAAUAACACAACAAGAAGAACAAGAUUUAACUAAUCUUAUGUCAGAAAAUGAUUUUGCUAUUAAAGAUGCUGAACGUUUCGUUGAUAUGCUUCAACAACGUUUAACUGAUCUUGAUGUGGCAAAUGUUGAAACAGUAAUGGCAUCAGAAAAAGGUGCUGUUCAAUUAAUGAAUAUGUUAGAUAAAGCAGUUGAAGAAAUAUCAAAAAUUGAUGGUCGUUUAGGUCUUUAUGAAAAAAAAUUAAGUACAGUAGCUGAUGCAGUAAAAAUUAUGAGUCGAAAAGAUUCAUUAAUACAAAUUGAAACAGCUAAUGUUCAAAAAUUAACUGAAGCACUUGAAAAUUUACUUGAAAUGCAAGAUUUUUCAGAAGAUAAUAUUCAAUUAUUACAAAAUAGUGAUUUAACAAAUGAUAAUGAUCGAACAAAAUGUAUUCACGCAGCAACAUUAUUAACUCAAGCAUUAGCUGUACAAUUACAACCAGGCAUGGAAAAAAUGUCUGCUAUUAGACAACGACGAGAUUUACUUGAACAAACGCAAAAAGCAUUUUCAUUACGAUGUAAAAAUUUUCUUAGUAGUAAAUUUGUUUUUCAUGCUCAAGAAUAUGGUGAUCGUUUUGAAUUAGGUGGUAAUGAAUUACCACAUCAUGGUGAAAAAGUAACCAGACCACUUUUACCUUUUAGUCCUUUAUGUCAAUGGUUAAAAAUAUCAUCACCCAAUCACUUUAAAGAUGUUUGCCAAGCUUAUAUUUCACAAAUACGACCAAUUUAUGCUAGAGAAAUUCGUGGAUUUUUUGAAUCAGCUAAAUUAGGUGUUACACGUGGUGUUGUUGCAAUGCCGCCAGAAAAACGUUCUGUUGGAUCUGUUUCAACAUUAAAUACAAUUCGUCGAGAUAAACAACAUACACAAAGUCAAUUAAGUAGUAGUAUACCUGAUUAUGAUCCAUUUUCAUUACGAAAUUCAACAAAAGAAUUUCGUACACGAUGUGAUAAAAUUUUUCAACGUGUUCUAAUGCAAAUUGCACCUGUUGUACGUGAAGAACAAUUAUUUUGUGUGAAUUUUUUUAAUUUUCUUGAAGAAGAAACUAUUUCAAAUGAAAAUGCGCCAGAUUCAACAGAAAGUAUUGAAAAUUUUAGUUCAUCAGGAUUAAAACAAAUGCUUUCGGAAUUAUUUGAACCAUUUGAUAAUGAAAUAAAAACAUUAAUUUCACAUAUAAAAAAUGUUGAUCCAUUUACGGUUCUUUAUUUAUUUGUUCGUAUGAGUGAAAAUACAAUAGCUGUACAAAGUUUUGGAGCAUUUCUUAAUAAAUUAUUUGCUGGAAAUUUAAUAUUACUUAAACGAGAAGUUGAUAGUUAUAUUAAUGAUGUUUGUUUACGUAUAACUGAAUAUCGUCCAGUUAAAAAUCGUCGAGUUGGAAUUUUACCAUUUGUGAAUUAUUUUGCAGACUUUACUGAAGAAGCAGAAGUUAUUUUUGAUAAAUCAGCAAGAGCAGUAGAUUUACAUAGAGUUUAUAAAAAUUUAGUAGCAGCUAUUUUUCGAGGUAUUGAAGACUGUGCUGCUACAAUGGUUCAUGAUGCAAAAACACCUGAUUCAAUGGUUCGAUUGGAAAAUUAUCAUCAAAUGCAACAUAUAAUGGGUAUUAAUAAAUUAUCUGCAUUAGAAAAUGAAAAACAAGAAGCACGAAAACAUUAUAAUACUGCAAAAGCUGAUUAUGAACGUGAAUAUUGUAGAUUUCCAUUUGAACGAUUACAUAAUUUUUUUGAACGUGUUGAUGAACUUCGUAAACGUUUAGCUAAAGAUGAAGAUGUACAAUUUCAAAGUGAUUGUAGUGUUAUUGAAUUACGUCGUCUUGUUCGUGAACAUCCACCAAAAGAAGUUAAACGUGGUCUGGAAAAUUUAUAUAAAAAAAUUGAAAAACAUCUAUCAGAAAAUUCAUCACUUAUGCAAGCAAUAUGGCAUGAUAUUCAAACUCUUGUGCUAGAAGAACAUCAACGAAUGACAAAAUUAAUUGAACUUUGUUAUCCAAAUUCGAAUAUACAACUUGACUUUACUGUUGAACAUCUACUUACGUUUUUUACAGAAACAGCACAUACUUCACUUUAA